AUGCCGGACACACAGUGCGCGAGUGAAAACGCGACUGACUCUAAACUUUUCCGGAUCGGUGUUAAAACUCCACCGUUUUGGCCUGAGAAACCAAAACUUUGGUUCGCGCAGCUUGAAGGACAAUUUUCUUUAGCUAACAUCACCGCGGACAAUACCAAGUUUUAUCACGUGAUCUCAGUGCUCGAACACAAAUACGCGGCCGAGGUUGAGGAUGUUAUUGUGAGCCCUCCCUCGGAAAAUAAAUACGAAAUUUUAAAAACUCAGCUCAUCGAACGAUUAUCCGCGUCGCGCGGUGAACGGCUCAAACAGCUGUUAAUGAGUGAGGAGCUGGGUGACCGCAAACCUAGUCAGUUUUUGCGGCACAUACGGAGUUUGGCGGGCGCCGGAUAUCCCGACGAAUUCCUACGCACCUUGUGGUCGAGCCGGUUGCCUAACCUGCUGCAAAGUAUCAUUGCAAUGCAGGAAAGCUUACCGUUAGAUCAGGUGGCCCUCUUGGCCGACAAGGUCCAUGAGGCUUCGCCCGCGCAUAAUACGCAGGUCGCCGCCGCGUCUUCUUCUUUCGCGUUAACCCAAGUGAAUAGGAAAUUAGAUGAUUUAGCGGCGAGAUUCGAAGCUCUGGAGGCGGUGAGUGGUCACCGCACCACCGGGCGGCACCCUUCGAGACCGCGCGGACGCGGCCGCGGCGCACACAAGUCGCGCAGCCGCUCCCGCGCCGACGGCCAGGUUCUGUGUUGGUAUCACGAGAAGUUCGGCGCAAAGGCAGCUAAGUGCAAAUCACCGUGCCAUUUUUUAAAGUAG